AUGCGGCCGUCUGGGUUCCUGGCGGUCCUUUCCACCGCCCUCGUUGGCUAUGCCGCCGCGAAAGACGCUCCUGUUGUCAUUGACAAUCCUCAAGGCGUCGAGUUCAAGGCCAGUCUGCCCAAGAAGCCCUUUUUCGCCGGCGCUGCGCUGGUGGGCAAUGUCAAGGGAUCGGUCUCUGCUACGGCUGGUCCUGCUGGCAAGGGCGUCCGGUUCAGAGUCCAGUUUGAAAACUUGCCCAAGACGGGCGGUCCUUUUUUGUACCACAUCCACGAGGAGCCGGCCGUCAAUGGCAACUGUACCUCAACACUGGCCCAUCUGGACCCGUACCAUCGCGGCGAGACACCUGCCUGCAAUGCUUCCGAGCCCCAGACGUGCCAGGUCGGUGAUCUGAGCGGAAAGUACGGCAAAAUCACGUCGGAUCCCUUCGUGGCCGAGUACUUUGACCUCUACACGUCUCUCCAGCCCGGCAGCCCAGCCUUCUUCGGCAACCGAUCAAUCGUGAUCCAUUACGCAAACAAGACGCGGCUGACGUGCGCCAACUUUGCCAAGCUGCCGGUGCCCGCCGCAACG